GCCACUGUCACCUGGCGUGGGGGUGGAAGGGCAGGGGCGGAGGGGUGACCUCUUGGUUUCUUCGUCUCACCCCUCGUGAGGGAGCAGCGUGGGCUGGAUGUGCGAGUGCCCUUAGUCCAGCUUUGGAAACCAGCAGGAGCAGAGCUUAAAGAACCUGGAAGCCAGGAUCUUGAAAGGAGCUGGAAAGGAGAUUGGGGAACAAAAAGUCAAACACGUUCUUUAGUUUUGAUUGUGGUGUGUUUAUCACAUGAAUCUCUAAAAAGAAGUGUCAGUCUGCCCUGUGAUCUAAGCUGUUGGUGAAUUAAUUGCUUAAUUGCUUAAUAACAGUUAUGUGCAGAUGAAACUUAAUUGUAUUUGCUAAAGGUUUUUUUUGUUAUACUCCGUUUCUUAUUUUCACUGCUGCCGUGGUAGUGCCCAGUUUGUGAGGCACUCUCCAUAUGCUGUAACACCAAAAAAAUACCUUGCAUGUUGGAAUCAAGAUUUCACUGUUGUAAAUAUGAAAGUUGAAACACUGGAAAGCAUCAAAGUAUUGGAAUGGAUAUAAAAAUAGGUGAAUAGUGUAUGCUCUGAACCAGAAAACUUCUUCACUGAAUAUUAUUCACAGAGGAGAAAGCAGGAGGAAGGAUGAGGAGGAGCUGUAAAGCAAUGCUGGUUUUUAUUCUACAUAGAGUCUCAGAAAUCACUUUGCAAAUCACAGAUGGCCUGUUUGCAUACAUGCCGCAUGCAAGCAGGCAUUAGCCGGCUUAAUAACAGUCUGUUAAAUUUAACAAUACAGUGAACAUCAGGAAUGAAUUAAUUUGAAACCCUUUGGUAACCAGCAGAGCUACUUAAGCAGUGUCCUUUGGUGUGCAGCAAUGUUCAUAGGCUAUAUGCAGGAGGGGUGGGGAAAGCUGGGCUUUUCACAAAGGAGGUUCUGUUCUCUGUAACAUGAUUCCAGUUAGUCCUGGCCAAAGCAGCAAUGCUUACAGCAAUUAUGAUAAAGGGAAUGUAUUCCUAAUUUGACAGGAUCAGAUCUUAUGUCUCAUCAGUACUACUUUAUAAAGGAAAUAAAGGAGAGGGGAAAGUGUUUGGAUGCUUACAGAAUUUGUGACAUAUGAAAGAAUGUAUGGUGUGAGAGUGGUAUGUGAGUCAUUAAACUGUAAUAUUUUUAAGGUCUGGAAUGAGAGGAAGAAAACCUGUGUUGUGAUAGAAAAUAUGGAAGAGAAAUUCCAGGCAUUUCUUUAAACAUCAGGUUAAUACUGAGCACCAUUCUGCUGAAAGCAAGAGAAAGCCAAACACCUUGUCCUUGUCCAUUUCAGUUUGAGAAUUGAUAUUUCAUUUAUUUGAUUGAACGGCUCGAUCCUCAAUUUGUUUUCUGUUCAAGUUCAAUCUCCUAUUCACCCUCAUAAUCAGUGGAAAAACCAGACAGGACUAUUACAAAAUUUGAUGACCUUGACAUCCUGAGAUUGGUAUUCCCUCCUGUAUCCCUCUCAUGCCACUGCCUUUUCCUUGCACCAUUUUUGCCACAACAUGCCUCCCUUAAAGACUCAUGGUCUCAAUUCUCUCCAUGCUCAGCUUCAGUAUCCCUUGAAAUUCCUCUGGGGCAAGAGCUGUCUUGGAUUUUGGGAGUGCUUGUUAUUUAUACGUUGAUCUGCAUGUAUGUUUGGUUAACAGGAGACCAAGCAGGAGUGGUCAUGGUUGAGUUCCUACUGCAGCACUUCCUUUGUCAAAAAGGCAAAUGUGUGUGUCUAGUUUGAAUCAAGAUGCUGAUCUUUGAAAAUGGGAAGAAUAUAGUUGUAGGAGAUUUAACUGCUUGUUUAAACUUGACUGAUGUUGGCCAAUGUGUUUCAAAAGUAGUUAAGUGGAGACUGGCACAGACCACAGUUGCACAACUCUUGUUUUGUUUGGAAAGUAGGCAAAAAGAACUACAUUUUUAUAGGCAUUUGGUAUCAUAUGGUAGAAAGUGAUUCACAUGUCUUAAAUUUAGUUGUGACAAUUGAACAUUUCGUCUCUCUGGGCAAUGCUGAUUAAAACAUCUCAUAAAUUAAUCUUGGUCAACACAGGACUUUCACUAACUUAAUUGUGCCGAACUUGUUUGAUUUAUAACCAGUGUAACUCUGCAAGCAGAUGUCUUUACAUUAGAUGAAAGUAAUGUGUCAAACUUUGGGCAGUUUAACUUAUUUUGCUGCUUCAAACAGAAGUAAAAUCUUUAAGAUCUUAAACAGUCUUAAAUUUAAGUCCUCGUAUGGUUUUGACUGUUGCUUUGCAGACUUUUUUUCCCUAGAAUGAUGUUGAACCUCUGUUCCAAAUGAGUUCCUGGGAGUUGUUUCAUUUCACAACAUUGGAAUUAAAUUUGUUGAACAUAAUCAGUAAAUUUCCUCAGACAGUAAUGCAUCACUUAAUGUUUAAUGGUCUGUUGCUCGCCUCCAGCUUGAAUCAUACAACUCAUGAAUCAACCACUAAACAAACCUCUCUGCUGGAAUAAUGCUUCAACUUUUUCUUCCUUUUUCAGAAUUAAUCUAUGUCAUCAAUUUGCUGCUCAUGAAUGUGUCCCAAAAUGUAGGGUUUUUUUAUUGGGCUGUUACGUUGUCACUAUCCUAGUUUAGAUGGAAGAAAGUAUAAGCAUUUCUUCGUAAACUGCUGCAGUAUGUACAUUAAAGGCAUUAAAAGUGAAUUAUGGUAUCUCUCUGUUAUACUUCCAAAUUCAUAUACUGCCUUGUUUUUUCUUUUUUUUCCCCCAGAUAUUCUAAUGUAUUUGAUCUGGAGAUAAAUGUGUUUUUAAGUGCCCUAUGUCCUUCCAUCUUUUCAAUAGUUUAUUUCACCAAUGAUUUUAUGCUUUAGAGCUGUAUUUUCAGUCAGCGUGACCUCUGUAUUUUCCUUAUGGAUUUUUCUCAGUAAUACUUCUUGUGAUGCUUUCUUGUGAUAUUUCAAACCAUUCAAUGACUAAAAAUCUAGAAGUGAAAUCCUAGGUGUGAUAAGUUGACUCACUUUGUGACAAAUUGUCAGCUUCCUUCUCAGUUUCCUUACUUAUUUUACUUCUGUUUCUCUUUGUUGGUGACGUUGUAGCAAAAACACACUCAGGAAUAUGGAAAGAUCUUCAAGUCUCACUUUGGUCCCCAGUUUGUUGUAUCCAUUGCAGAUCGAGAUAUGGUUGCUCAAGUGCUCCGGUCAGAAGGUAGAGCACCACAGAGAGCUAACAUGGAAUCGUGGCAGGAAUACAGAGACUUACGAGGAAGAGCUACAGGACUAAUUUCAGCAGAGGGGGAACAGUGGCUAAAAAUGAGAAGUGUACUGAGGCAAAAAAUUCUGAAACCCAAAGAUGUGGCGAUUUACUCUGGAGGAGUCAAUGAAGUUAUCACAGAUUUAAUUAAAAGAAUCUACACCCUCAGAAGUCAAGGGGAAGAUGGAGAAACAGUGACCAAUGUUAAUAAUCUUUUCUUCAAGUACUCAAUGGAAGGUGUGGCUACUAUUCUAUAUGAAUGCAGGUUGGGCUGCCUGGAAAACAACGUCCCACAACAGACUGUUGAAUAUAUCGAGGCUCUGGAGUUGAUGUUCAGUAUGUUUAAGACCACAAUGUAUGCAGGUGCCAUUCCCAGAUGGCUUCGUCCAUUUAUUCCAAAACCCUGGAGAGAGUUCUGCAGAUCCUGGGAUGGACUCUUCAAAUUUAGUCAAAUUCAUGUUGACAACAAACUGAAGUCUAUUCAGUCUCAACUGGAUCAAGGAGAAGAAGUGAACGGUGGGCUACUUACGUACCUCCUCGUGAGUAAGGAGCUGACUUUGGAGGAGAUUUAUGCCAAUAUGACUGAAAUGCUCCUGGCAGGAGUGGACACAACUUCUUUUACUUUGUCCUGGGCAAUAUAUAUGUUGGCAAAACACCCUGAGGUUCAACAACGUGUUUACGAGGAAAUAAUCGAUAAGCUGGGGAAAGACCAAGCUCCUGUUGCUCGUGAUGUGCCCAAAUUGCCUUUGAUUAGAGCUGUGCUGAAGGAAACUCUGAGGUUAUAUCCUGUAUUGCCAGGAAAUGGAAGAGUGACCCAGAAAGACUUGAUUGUUGGAGGAUACUUAAUACCUAAAGGGACGCAGCUGGCACUCUGUCAUUAUACCACUUCCUACAGCGAAGAGAAUUUUCCAAUGGCCAAUGAGUUCCGGCCCGAGCGCUGGCUGCGGAAAGAUAAUUUGGACAGGGUAGACAAUUUUGGUUCCAUCCCCUUUGGUUAUGGCAUUCGAAGUUGUAUUGGAAAAAGAGUUGCAGAACUGGAAAUUCAUCUUGCACUGAUUCAGUUGCUUCAGAAUUUUGAGAUUAAAAUUUCUCCCAAAACUGAACCAGUUCAUGCCAAAACCCAUGGACUUUUGACUCCCGGAGGCUCCAUCAAUGUGAGAUUUUCUGACAGAAAGUGAGACUGAGAUAUACUGGAAAUACUUGUAUGGUUUUCAAGGGAACAGGCUUGCAUCUAAUGGACGUUUGAUCGUAACAUGUUCUCUGGUUUGUAGUUUCUUCACAAUAUGACCAAGUAUUAUGUUCUGCCUUAUCCCUAGCAGUACAUGACAAAAGUUACCUCUCUUGUAAUUGAUAAUUACACAUUUGAAGAUACAUGCUAAAACAGUUCCUUCUUGCACUGGGAUUCUCCUACUUGUAUUUCAAGUUGUAGCAGCACAUGCAUUGGGGAAAAAAAAAAAAAAUCAGACAUUUUUGUCAUUCAGUGAUUUUGUUACUAUUCUAUAGUAAAAGUCAGUUAUUCUUGUGAGUUGUUAGAGAGCAAAAGAAUUGUUAUCUGGUAUUAGCUGCAUUUAGGAGUUUGUGUUUUUGUUUCUUGUCCUCCAAGUGUGUUCUUUAAAAUUUAUGCAUAACAUUAAAAAUUAGGUGAUUUUCUCUUGUCUGUAAAAACAUUUACACUACACGUAUUUAAAAUAUUAACACAAUAAUAUGAAAUGUAAAGAUUGAAAAAAAUGCAAUUUGCAUCAGUUUUAGUCUCAAAAUUCAAAAGCAAUUUACAGUUUAUCUCAAAUACAGUGUCCACAAAAUAUUGCCAUAUAAUUUCCUGAAAAAAACAACUGUAAAGUUUAAACAAUCCAUUGUAGAGUUGUGAACCUAGACAUUGUCUUAUCACCAAAGCAAAAGCUGAGUGGAAUAGCACAAGCCACUUUCACUGUUCUAGCUAAUAUUAUGCCAAAAUCAACUGUAAAUAAGAAAAAUGAAGAAGUUGUUACAUUUUUAUCAUUUAAUGAAAAUACUAUUAAAUAUCUUCACAGUUCUUCAACAGUAAGAACUGGAAACUUCCCAUUGUAGUGUGCUGAACUCAUAGGCAGGUACACGCGUGCUAUAGGAUGGGAAUGUGACUACUGAGGUAUUUGAAGGCUUUUAAUUUUUUUUCCUGGUGUCCAAUAUAAAGUGUGGACAACAGAAAUAUUUUUGUUUUUGCUUUACUUUUUUCUGUAACAGCUAACAGAGAUGUCUUUUGCAUGAGACUUCAGUCUUCAGAUAAAUUUUCAUGUCUCUGUACACUAACCUUACGUUCUCUUUCUGAGAGAAACCUUAUACCUUGGGACCAUGUUGUGCCUUCAACAACACUCAAACCUGCCUAUCCUAACAUGGUAUUAUCUAUAUGAUAAUGUAUAGCUAACUGUUUACAUGUCAGGCUUUGACUGUUGUUUGUGAGGCAGUUUACAUACCGAUAAUCAUAGAUAUUUAGAUGUGCCAAGAUAAAAGUUGUGCAACUUGGUAUUUAAAAUGACAUUUUUCUAUUCACAUCUGACUGUAAAAUGGCAAAGGUAAGUUAUGAAUGAAAUAAUGUGCUUUAGUAUACAUGAGAACCAUUAUAGUCAUAUUUUUUUGAAGUGCUUUGGUUAGUUUUUGUAGUACAUUUUCAAGGUCUUCACAGAAGAAAAAUAUUCCUUUAAAAUGGUAACAGUCAACAAAAUUGAUUUGAUCUGUGGGAAGAUUAAAUGUUUACAUGACUUUAAAUGGUUGGUAUAUACAUGUAUACGUGUACUACAGGAUAAGCAGGUAAUCUC